GUUUAUGGGAGUUCACAAACUAUCAGUCAACUGAGUCGUCCCCAAGUGAACUACCAUUCACCAGUCAACCAACCAACCAAGCCGAGAUGAAGUGUUUCGUGACGAUCCUUUCAGUGGCACUGAUUGCGGGAGGCGCACUGGCAAUCAGCGAGGAGCAACGGGAGGCGGCCCGUCAGAUGGCCGCAAAGUGCAUGAAGGAAACCGGCGCCACGGAGGAACAGGUUCAACGUCUCCGCAACGGUGACACCUCGAAUGCGGACUCGAACACCCAGUGCUUUGUGCACUGUUUCUUCCAGGGUGCAGGGUUCGUUGAUUCCAAUGGUAACAUCCAGGAGGAUCAUCUGGUUGAGAGGCUGAGCACGCAUUACGAUCGGGCAACGGCCGAGGAGUUGGUGCAAAGGUGCAGGAAUAACAACGGAGCGAAUGGGUGCGAGCGUUCGUUCCGGCUGGCUCAGUGCUACAUCGAUAACCGGGCCAGUUUGAUGUGAGGUGGGAUUUGAUGACGAAGAUCGAAAAAUGAUACGAAUAACGGACAAUGACCAAUAAAUGAACACAGCGGGAAAAAAUGACUUUCAUUUCCGUUUCCAAAGUACAGAGUGCGCCCAUAAAUAUUACGAAAAAGGUUUUUUUUUUCAAAUUAUAUUUAUUUAUUUAAUCCUUUUCCGAUUGUUUAGUUAAGUUAUUGGCUUAUUCAAAGGAGCUAAUCGAUUUCCCUACAGAACAAUGCACAAUGGUCCAGGAGAUGCAUUCAAGUGGAAAUUAGCAUUUAGAGCUCGACGGUUAUUCUCUAGACAAAAACUGUCUUCGACAAAGUUAUUACAUAUGAUAGAGCGCUAAUUUUCAUGUUAUCAAAAAUAGGGUGACCAA